GCUGUUUUGGAUCCAUAACAAACCCAGGUGCCCGUUUCCCGGUUUCGGGUCGUUGAGGGAAGUACAAAUCUUUUUACACACUUACUUGGAGAAUCAAACCACGAACACUGAAGAAGCGAAUCAAAAGGAAAUUACGCAUUCUGAAAGAGGCGGAGAUGCCGGUCGUGGAGAAGCUGAAGAUGUUCGUCGUUCAAGAGCCGGUGGUGGCUGCAUCUUGUUUAAUCGGUGGAAUUGGUCUCUUCCUUCCAGCCUUUGUAAGGCCAAUUCUGGAUUCCUAUGAAGCAUCUAAGCAAGUUCCUCAGCCUGCAUUAAGCGAUGUGGUUGCGGGUAUGACUGGUAAGAAACAAGGAUGAUCUGUAUCGGUGACAAACGAUUGUUCUUGAAUCAAUCACCGGAUUUUCCUAAAUCAAAUUUUAUUCUCUCCUGCCAUAAAAUAAGGCUGUACAUUUUAUGAUAGCAUUGGUUAUUAUUAGAAGACAUUGCUUUGCCCAUGCUCGAGUAAAAGUUGUUUCACCAUUAAAAUUGAGGUCUGAAAACUCGUAUGUAUGGUUUGUUUCCUUCAAUUGUUCUCUCUAAAGAUUUAUGCUUUUACAGGACUAACUCGAGUGUUGAUUACUGAUCAAUAUAAGAGAGUGAAGGAAA